AUGGCUUACUACAGCUCUAGCUAUUAUAUGGAUGAUCAUGGUGAGUACGAUGGGGAUUACCCUUUAACCCAUUCCUAUAGUAGUUAUGAUUCUGCUGCAGUUCAAGAUUCAAUGGCUUAUUCCAGCUACAAGUCCAAUGAUUACCAAAUUUUUGCCUAUGAUCCGAUUCCUCUUUUCGUUGCCUACGAUCCUGUUUCAAGCUAUUCAAGAACUGCAUAUUCUGUAUCCACUUCCAGCGAACCCAAGUAUAUUCAGUAUGAUCCUGAUCUUUACUUUCCUGCUCAGACUCAGUUCAUCAUAUCUUACUCUGUUUCAGAGUCUGGAGAGCCUGAUUUUGAAGAAUAUGAUCCAACACCUUAUGGUGGUGGCUAUGAUCUGACUCAGACCUAUGGCAAACCCCUUCCACCUUCUGAUGAAACUUGUUAUCCUCGCUCCACGCAUGAUCUAGGUACCUUACCCUUAAAUGGAGUCUCUUCUGUGCCGAUAACAUCCACUAUUGGAGAAAAGGAAGUUGAAGAGCUUGCAAAAACACCCCCGAGCGAAAGCCAACCACAACCACCCGCCAUCAACGAGACAGAGCAGCAGCAGCUAGGUGAGUAUGACCAUGACCAUGGCAAUUCUCAGAGGGAGCCUUUAGACUUGUAUCCUGGAGAGGAAAGCAAGGAAAAGUAUGGUGAUGAUCACUCUCCUUGGUCUGGGUAUGGCAACGGAUAUGAGUAUGAGAAACAAGUGUCAGUGCCUGAAAUUCCAUCUGGGUAUGGGUUGGAAGCAAUGGAUCUUUGUGAAGGUUUAUUUGGGUACUGGCCCUGCCUGACUCGUUAUGCAAGGAGAGUGAACGAUUGUCAACAAGUUGCAGAUUAUGGAAAUUGCAGCAAUCAAUGGAAAGAAAGUGCUGAUUAUCUGUUUGGGAAUCCAUAUCCAUACGGCGAAAGAAGUGAUGAUGCUCGCAGUUAUGGGAACGCUGUGUAUAGCUAUGAAAGGCAUUAUCAGCAAGUUGAAGAUUCAUGGUCUGCAUAA